AUUUGUCAUAAAAAAAUGCUUAGUUGGUUCAAAAAAAAGAAGCCUGAAACAAAUUAACCAUAAUAAGAGGAAAAAGAUGAGAGUGAUUUUGUUGAGGUAAAAAUGUAAAAUAUGAAUAGGAUGAUACAUAAGUUGUUACAAAUGAGGAUAAAGAAUUAGAGGAGAAAGGAUUUGAUCCGAUAAGUUAAGUUUAAGAAUAAGACAAAGAGAAUGAAGGAAUUGCUGAUCCUGAUAAAUUGGAUUAUAUUGGUUAUUUGGAUAUAUCAGUAGAUGAAAUGCUUUAAUUGGUACUCAAUUUUAAGAAUUUUCCGAAUGAUGAUGAAAUUCGUCAUGUUGAAGGAUAUGAAAAAGGAGGAAGAAUUUGUGCUGAUAAAAAAGUAGUAAGUAAAGCAAGAAGUGUUGGAAAAGAAAUGGUUAAGUAAAUAGGUAAGAAAAUAUUAUCAGGAUCACUAAAUCUUACUAANUAUAUAUGA